UUGUGAAAUACUCGUAGGAACAUCUGGCUUGUAUUUCAUCCAAUCUUUGGUAGAAGCUCUCUUUUCGGUGUUCAGCUGGAAGAUCUCCGAUAAAUAAUAGUGGUGCAGAAGUAGAAUCAGGAAUACGAUUAUGUUUCGAACGACAGUGGUUCGUGUUGAGUUACUGAGAAAUUCCUUUAAGCGAGUUGCCAGAAGCAAUGUGAUAAGGUGCCUUAGCGUGCAGUGCUCCAAAAACAAGCAUAUAUUGAGGUUUGGAAAUACUUCCUUUACAAGACACGCUAUACUAGUAUGGGACAAACCACAAGGAUGCUUGCGUUACUUCAGCUCAGAUCUUCCACCUCACAACAAAGUUCUUCUGCCUGCACUGUCUCCCACAAUGGAGAUGGGAACAAUAGUCAGUUGGGAAAAAAAGGAAGGUGACAAGCUGAAUGAAGGAGAUUUGCUGGCAGAAAUAGAAACUGAUAAGGCUACAAUGGGAUUUGAAACACCAGAGGAGGGCUAUCUUGCGAAGAUACUUGUACCAGCAGGGACAAAAGAUGUUCCUAUUGGAAAGCUUGUCUGCAUAAUAGUGGCAAAUGAGGCAGAUGUGGCAGCUUUUAAAGAUUUUGUGGAUACCGGUGCACCAGCACCAAAACCAGCUGCUCCAUCCCCAGAAGCAGCUGCUCCACCACCACCACCACCACCACCAUCAGCAGCAGCAGCGCCGCCACCACAGCCUGUGGCACCACCUGCCCAAGCACCACAAGCAGGAGAGAGGGUCUAUGCUAGCCCCUUGGCGAGGAGAAUUGCAACAGAAAAAGGUGUUCAACUGACUGGUCAAGGGAGUGGUUUGUAUGGCUCCAUUAAGGCACAGGAUAUUGCUGCUAUGCCGGCAGGUGCUGCAGCAGCAGCUCAUGUUCCAUCCGGUGCACCUGGAGCGGCUUACACAGAUAUCGCAGUCUCCAAUAUGAGAUCUGUCAUAGCAAAGAGAUUGCUGUUGUCUAAACAGACUAUUCCUCAUUAUUACCUGUCCCUGGACGUUGAAUUGGACCAAGUCCUUAAGCUUCGUAAGCAGUUCAACGCGUUACUAGAAAAGGAUAAAAUUAAACUAAGUAUAAAUGAUUUUGUAAUCAAAGCAGCUGCACUGGCUUGCAAAAAGGUUCCAGAAGCAAACUCUUCAUGGAUGGACACAGUCAUCAGAGAAUUUCAUUCUGUGGACAUAAGUGUAGCAGUAGCCACAGACAAAGGAUUGAUAACACCAAUUGUAUUUGAAGCAGAUAAGAAAGGCUUGAUUCUUAUAAGUCAGGAUGUGAAGACACUUGCAGCAAAAGCCAGGGAAGGGAAAUUGCAGCCUCAUGAAUUUCAGGGUGGUACAUUUUCCAUAUCAAAUCUUGGAAUGUAUGGAAUAAAGAAUUUCUCAGCAAUUAUCAACCCACCACAGGCUUGCAUUUUAGCAGUAGGAGGAACUGAAGUGAGGCUUAUCGCUGAUGACAAAGCUGAAAAUGGGUAUAAACCAGCCAGUUUCCUCUCUGUGACAUUGAGUUGUGACCAUCGUGUGGUGGAUGGCGCAGUUGGUGCAACGUGGUUAUCAGCAUUUAGGCAGCUAAUAGAGAAGCCCCAUACAAUGCUGCUCUAACCUCUUCCAUUCCUGGCAAUUUGUCUAGUCUGUGGAUUUAAAACCUGUGUAUUUUACACUGCCGAUAUUAUAAGACUCGCCAACAAUUAACUUUGUGAAAGGUACCUCAGUUAUGGAGUCUCAGUGAAUUGUGUGUGUCCUUUGUGUGUAAUAGUUGGAUGCAUACUUCUGAAAUAUGCAUUUGUUAGAAAGUGUAUUGAUUAUGCAUUUUACUCUGUAUCAUGUGCACCUUUUAUUUGCAGAAUACGACCUUUAAUGAUCGUAAUGCAUAUAACUUGUCAUAACUGGGAACAGUUGUCAUAAUAUGCUGUCAAACAGUAUAUAAUCCCAGUUUUUUUGUUGAUGAUGAUCCUUUGGAUUUGUAUAUAAUUGUUGAAAUACAGAAAUAAUUUAUUGUGUUCCAGAAUCGUCUGUCUGUCUCUGAAAAUGUAGGCAUCUCAUUUUUUAUGUGUAAAAAUUGUCAAUAACAAAUUUGAAAAUCAA